AUGCCGCUGAACGUGCCCGGGAUCCUCGUCCCCUUCCAGCUCGUAUUCAAGCCCCGUCUCGUCCUCCCGCACAUCGCCGUGAAAGAUAUCCGCCGGCUCGACUUCCAGGCUCUGCGCGAUGCGGGCUACCGCGCCGCGGUGUUUGACAAGGACAACUGCUUGACGAUACCGCACGAAGAUACACUCGUGCCCGACCUGCAAGGGGCAUGGAAAGAGUGCAGAGACACCUUCGGCCGUGAAAACGUCCUCGUCGUGAGCAACUCCGCCGGGACGCGGCAAGACCCCGGCGGCAUCCAGGCCGAAUCCGUCUCCCACCACCUCUCCGCGCCCGUCCUGCGUCACGCGACGCCGAAACCGGGGUACGCCUGCAUAUCCUCCAUCCGCGCGUACUUCGCCUCGCUCCCGCGCCCGCUGCGCGAUAGCGAACUCGUCGUCGUGGGCGACCGCGUCUUCACGGACGUCGUGUUGGCGAACCGGAUGAACGGUAGGCGCCGCUUCUUUUCGCGCCGGAAAGCGGAGGGGGGAGGGGAGGGGGAGGGCCCCCUGGCGGUGUGGACGACGGGCGUGUGGGCGCGCGAGAGCAUGUUCAUGCGCUGGGGCGAGAGGCAGCUCGUCAGGGCUGUUGAGAGGUGGGUCGCGCGGAAGCCGGUGCGCGACAGCGGGAUGUUCGUCAAGCCCGAUGUGGUGACGAAGGAUGCGCAGGAGAAGAGGGGGAUUACGAGCAGAUUGCUAGCGCGGAUGUUCGGCAAGCCCGAGCCUGGUGGGGAGGAGAAGAGGGGGAUCGGGCGGAGGCUGCGGCAUAAGUGGGGAAGGAGGAUAGCUGUCGUGUCCUGA